UUUACUUCCGUCCUUUUCCAUUUAGCUGGACAAACAUCGUUGAGUUAGUCGGCCGGGUCGUGUGGGUUUAGAGUGAAAAAAAAAAAAAACUAUCGUGGGAUUUUGGGCUGGAGAACCUAGAAGUGCGGUGUUUGCUGGAGGCGUGGAAGCGCUUUUCCAGCGGACUGCCUGCAUCCCGGAGCCAUCAGACGACAGACACUUCGCCUCCUCGCUGCUGGUCCAUUUCUUGGCGGUUGAACCACAAGCUUUGUUUUGCGGGACCAGUCCGCCGCUCCGUGCGCUAUGUAGAGGAGUGAACGGCGUGCUGGCGGUAGCUGUAACACGUUUAUCGGCUUUUUAGUUUUAAACACCGUGCCUUGGCGGAAAGGAGAGGAUUUCGUUUUAUUUAAGGUCCAGUGAAGAUGAAUGAGCAGGAGAGUGGGGUGGUCUCCUUCGAUGAGUAUGUGCGGCAGAAGGCCCGCACAGUGCCUCAGCACAGGAUGAAAGAGUUCCUGGAGUCCCUGGCCAAGGGCCCCGAGGUGCUGCAGGAGUUCAGCCAGCAGGGAGGGGCAGUAGCCACAACCACGGCCAUGGUGUACCAGCAGCAGGGAGCCAACUGCAUCUACACUGACAGCACCGAGGUGGCCGGCUCUCUCCUGGAGCUCGCCUGCCCAGUUCAGGUGACGUCGACAGAGAUUUCACCCCAACUGACUGUGCAUCAAGGCUCUGAAGAGCAGCUCCAAGUGCAGGUUCAGAUCCAGGAACAGCAGGGCCAAACGGUGGAGCAGGUCCUUCAGGUGGCCUCCGACUCUCAGCAGGACCUGCAGGGAAUCUCAACAGCCCAGCUUGUGCAGCAGGCCGAGCUCACUGAGGAGCAGCAACAGCAGAUUCAGGCACAGCUGGUGGCUGCUGUGGCGGGAGGACAGCAGAUCCAGCUGUCGAGUGGCCAGCAAAUCCAGUUACAGGGAACCCAGCAUAUUCAGCUCCCGGGAGGUCAGCAAAUUCAGCUUCAGCCCGGCCAGCAGAUUCAGCUACAGGGUGGCCAGCAGAUCCAGAUCCAGACCAUAGAGGCCAUGUCUCCUCCUCAGCAUCAGGAGUCUCUCAGGGAGGCUGAGAGGAGGCCCGGCUCUGCCACUGUUCUCCAACCGGCCAAAAAGCGCAAGGUGGAUGUCCCUCUGGCCGUUUCCUACGCCGUCCCGCAGGGGCAGCAGGUCGCCACUGUCCUCACCAUCCCGCAGGGGCAGCAGCAGAGCUACGUGUCGCUGCGACCGGACCUGCUCACUGUCGACAGCGCUCAGCUGUACAGCACCACGGGAACAAUCACGGGUCCCACGGGCGAGACCUGGACCAUCCCGGUCUACUCCACUCCGCAGCAACAGGGCGUCACUCACAUCGCAAUCCCGCAGGAGACGUACAGCACGGUGCAAGUCACUACCACCAACGGGAAGGAGAAAAUGUCCCCCGGUUCCUCCUCGAGGUCUGCAGACCUGCAGCCGGCCUCGGCCGCAACGCAGGAAGAGAUCGUACAGACGUUGUUCCCUGCGCAGUUCAUGAACGGAAACAUUCACAUCCCCGUGGCGGUGCAGACGGUGGGAGGGACUUACAACACCACUCAGUCGGUGCACAUCUGGGAUCCGAGUCAACAGCAGAUCCAAGGCGAAGAGGGACAAGAGCAGCAGCUCCAUCUGCAGGGUCAAAUAGAGGCGGAGGCUCAACCACCGACAGAAAUCCUGGUUCCCGUCUCUCUGAAGCCUGACGAGGGUCUGGAGGUGUGGCGUCUCUGGGCGGAGCGAAAAAACGAAGAGCUGAGCAAACGAGAGAAAACGUUUGCCCCCAUAGGCCGUCGUCAGCCGCUGCGUUUUCAGGAGGACUUGGUUUCCAGCGCCGUAGCGGAGUUGAGUCUGGGUCUUUCUCUGAUGACUCAGGAGGCGCGAGGGUCCGAAGACGAGCAGUUUGCGCCCGAUGUUCUCUAUUAUGUUUUCUUGUGCAUACAGAAGUAUCUGUCGGAAAACGGACGAGUGGACGAUAUCUUCUCUGAUCCGUACUACACACGCUUCUGUGAGAGUUUGCACAAAAUCCUGUGUGACUGGAGACCCAGCGUCCACCCUUUAGGUUACAUCAUUCCGAGUCACGUGACAGAGGAGAUGCUGUGGGAGUGUAAACAGCUCGGCGCUCAUUCACCGGCCACAUUGCUCACGACGCUCAUGUAUUUCAACACUAAGUAUUUUCGCCUGAUAACACCCGAACAGCACUUGAAAGUAGCCUUCUCGAAGGUUCUAAGACACACAAGGAAGAACCCAGCCAACGCCAAGGACAAAGCAACCAGUAUUCGCCUUCUCAAAGGACAAGGUCCCAACAGUGCCGUACAGAAAGGAACAGAUGACAUGUAUGAGGAACAGAUCGAAGAUCCUGAGAAUCCUCUCCGCUGUCCCAUUAAACUUUACGACUUUUACCUCUUCAAAUGUCCCCAAAGCGUGAAAGGACGUAACGAUGCGUACUACAUGACCCCGGAGCCUGUGGUGGCGCCGAACAGCCCCAUGUGGUACUCCUCUCAGCCCCUCACAAACCAGCAGGUGGAGCAGAUGCUGGCCCGCAUCAUCGUGGUCAGAGAGAUCCAGGAGAUCAUCGGCACCACCCAGGAGAACAUGAGCUAAGACGAGCGAGCGAGAGAGAGAGAGACGGCAGACUGGACUCAACGGUGUUGACUAUGCAGUACCAUCCUGACUCUAUAAACCUCAAUAGCCAUCAAAUAAAAUGGA